AUUGUCACUCUUGGCUUGCCGUUGUCCAAUCACCAACUCUCAGUGUUUUGUGUUCAAGAUGGCGGCGCCCAGAUUAUUUAGCGACGGGAGGCUUUGGGAUGGUUUGGUGGCUGUUGUUUUCCUCCUCCAGCUCCUUCCUUUGGCAUUCGGGACAGAAGAAGCUUCCAGCACGGCCGACUUCGACGUGAGGCCCGGAGGGAUGGUCCACUCGUUCACGAAAAACCUGGGAGACUACAGCUGUACUUUUACGUAUGCUGCUCAGGGUGGGACCAAUGAGCAAUGGCAGAUGAGUGUUGCAGCUAGUGAAGACAACACACUGUUCUCAUGUUCAGUCUGGAGGCCACAGGGGAAGUCUUACCUCUUCUUUACUCAGUUUAAAGCCGAAGUCAAAGGAGCCAAGAUAGAAUACGGCAUGGCCUACUCCACAGCAGCAGUUGGAGGACAGAGCGAUAUUCCCUUAAAAGAGGAGGAGUUCCAUGUGACCGAAACGGCAGUGUCGCACAAGGAAGGCAAAUUCCGCUCAGAACUCUCCAAGCUGCUGAUCGUUGCCAAAACGGCUCACGACGAGCUGUGACAUGCUGACUCGGUGGGCAUUGGAGGCGUCUGCCCCUUUCCGGGAACAAUUCAGUGAAGGAAUGGAGGCUUCCGCUGAUGGUGUCAUUGGGGUGGGGGCUGCUUUCUUAGGUCCUGGGCUCCUUUUGAGAGGGACUUUGGAGACACUUGGACCACCUUGGCAUUCUGGAUGGAAAACUUCCCCGGAGAGAUUUUGGGCCUGCUCCUUCAGCUGCGUCUUCUGAAGGUGAAAAGCACCAGCUGAGUGAGGUGGUGGGAAAGAAGUUGUGGAAACUCUCUGCCUGCCUCGUCCAGUCCCAGCUGGGAGCCUGUCAUUUGGAGACGCCUUCAGCCAUCACUGAAAAGGGACUCCAUGGCAGCUGUUUUGUUCCUUCUGGAAGUUCUAGGACCAAAGAGUUUCUUCUUCCCUUCCCUUUAAUUUAGUGGAACCACAAAGGGACCCUAAACUUUCUUCCUUGGUGAGAAAGGGUAACAGUAUCAAUAAAUCGGGCUAUAGAUCUCUUCCAA